AUGUCUGAAGGUUUAAAAGUUACAGUAUUAGGUGCAGCCGGUGGUAUCGGUCAACCAUUGUCAUUGUUAUUGACAUUAAGCAAGUUACCAAUUAGACAUCUAAGUUUAUAUGAUAUUAGAUUAGCACCCGGGGUGGCCACUGACUUAUCUCAUAUUACUAAUGUUCCUAAGAUUACAGGGCAUGUUAAUCCAGCAGAAGCUUUAGAAGGAACUGAUGUUGUUGUUAUUGUUGCUGGUGUACCAAGAAAACCAGGCAUGACUAGAGAUGACUUGUUUAGUAUUAAUGCUAAAAUUAUGCAAGGUUUAAUUAAAAAUGUUGCUAUUUACGCUAAGCCCACUUGUUGCGUUUGUGUGGUUUCUAAUCCAGUUAACUCACUAGUGGCUGUUGCUGUUGAAACCUUGAAGCAAUACACUUCUUCUACAGAUAAUAGUGGAUGGGUUGAAAACAGAGUUUUUGGUGUAACAACUUUAGAUAAUGUUCGCGCAGAAACUUUUAGUAAUAAUAAAGAUGUUAUUGUUAUUGGUGGCCACGCCGGUAAAACUAUUAUUCCAUUACUACCUAAUGGUACUGAGGUUCCAAAUUAUGAAGAAUUUGUUCAUAGAGUUCAAUUCGGUGGUGAUGAAGUUGUGAAGGCUAAAGAUGGUAAGGGUUCGGCCACUCUAAGUAUGUCUUGGGCUGGCUUUAGGUUUGUUUCUAGUGUCAUUAAAGCCAAGGCUGGCUUAUUGAACGGUUCUACCGUAUCUGAAAAUGAAUUAGUUCCAGCUUUUGUUAACUUGAAAUAUAAUAGAGGUGGGAAACAAUUGCAAAACAAAUUGCGCAGUCCAAAAAUAGAAUAUUUUGCUUGUCCUAUUAAAUUACAAAACCAUACUGGAUUCGUUGAUUAUAUUGACAGCUCCUGUUUAAGAGGAAUCCCCGCUAGAGAAGAAAAAUUAAUUGUCCAAGCCUUGCCCCAAUUGAAAAGAGAAAUUCAAAAGGGUAAAGAUUUUGUCGCCAAGACCGACAAUAGCAAAUUGUGA